GUCCUCCUCACCGCAGACAUACGGAGACACGCGGAGAGAGAAAGUCAGCAGCCACAGAGGCAGCAGAAGUGGUCACCGAUGUGAUAAGAGGGACAGAAGCGUGGGGACAGACGGGAUACAGACAACAUCAGCUGACCAAAGGCUCCAGGAGCACACAGAGAGAGACAGACAGAGAGGGAGUAAGAAAGAGAGAGGGGAGAGAGUGAAAGUGAGGGAGAGAGAGAGAGAGAGAGAGAGAGAGGGAGGAAGCCAGCAGCGACCUCCUACCCAACAACCUCGGAAGCGAACCCAUAAAAUGAAUUCAGACUCCAGCCCGAGCAGCAGAGCCUCCUCCCCGGACAUGGACGGCAUGUUUCUCCGAGACCACCUCCCGCACCACCACCAUCACCACCACCACCACCACGUCGGCUCCUCCGUGUCCUCCUCCACGCAGAGCGGCGAGCAGCAGCGCCAGAAGAUGACCGGCGUCGAGCACCUGCGGUCCGGAGACGCCAAGUCUGUGUCCGUGGGAAGCAGCAGCAGCAGCAGCAGCAGCAGCAACAGCAACAAGUACAAACUGAAGAAGCAAGUCACCGAGGAGGAAAUGUACCAGCUCCGUCUCAAGAUUAACGGCCGGGAGCGGAAGCGCAUGCACGACCUCAACCUGGCCAUGGACGGCCUGCGCGAGGUGAUGCCCUACGCGCACGGGCCCUCGGUGCGGAAGUUGUCCAAGAUCGCCACGCUGCUUCUCGCCAGGAACUACAUCCUGAUGCUCACGAGCUCCUUGGACGAGAUGAAGCGGCUGGUGGGGGAGAUUUACGGUGGGCAGCACUCGGCCUUCCACUGCGGCACCGUGACGCACGCCGGCGGCACCGGUGGACACUCCGGAGGCCAGGCCGCCGCGGCCGCCGCCGCCGCCGCCGCCGCGGCCGCCGCUCACCAGGUGCACCCUCUCCUCGGGAGCGCGCUGUCCUCCUCCACGUCCUCCACCCUGUCCAGCGCGCUGCCGGGGCUCACGUCCAUCCGAGCGCCCCACUCCCUGAUGAAGGGCUCCCCGGCUGCGCCACCGGCCCUGCAGCUGGGCUCCGGCUUCCAGCACUGGGCCGGGCUGCCGUGUCCCUGCACCAUCUGCCAGGUGCCUCCUCCUCCUCACAUCCCCAUCACCUCCACCGGCCUCACGAGACUCACGGGGGAGGGCAAGGACGGGAUGAAAUGAUGUCUGACAGACACGCAGAGACUGAGAGACAUGUAAUGAUGUUUGUAAAUAAAGAAUUCAGGGCAUGAGGGUGGAUUUGACCUCACUGAUGCAUGCUGUUGUUUAGUCUGUUUUCUUGUUUGGCGUAUGAGAAAAAAAGUAUUAUUUUCCUCCUUGUAACAAGGACUUAUAAAGACUGAUGAUUUUGCCAGUUGAAGGGUAAAAAAAAAAAGUUCUGUGUCAUGCAACAAGACGCCAUGAGCCUCUUAUGUUUGACUGAGUUUUUGUCUCACACCACAAUGUGAAAGGUGACGGAGGCUGCAUGAACAUUUUGAUUUAAUUUCACCUUAUUUUUUUGUAUCAGGCGUCAUUUUGUGAAAACGAAGAAUGCUCUCUGUGCCUUGUACCAAGGAAUUUUAAAACUUGAGUUCUAUAUGAAAAAUAAUGUCAUUUAUGUGUUUGGUUGAAUGAUUCUGCCACUGCGGAAAUUUGUUUGAAAAUCUAAGUUUUAGAUUGAUUUUUAUGUUGUGGGUCAUUGGUUGUCCAUUUGUGCUCUAAUUUCCAGUUUUUAUUUUUAUCUUUUUUUUGUUUUUGUUUUUGUUUUUUUCCUUUUGCAUGAUGGUAUAACUGUCACAGCAUGGUUGUUUUUGCUGAACUGAAUUUGUUAUGCCCAGAGACCCCGUGUCUUUAUUUUUGUACGUUGUUGAUGACUGAUGAAAUAUUUAUUAUCACCCAGCGUCCCUGGAUGAAAUUUCAAUAAAACUGAA